AUUUGAGGCCGACAAAUAUUUUCACAGCAUAGAGCAGCAUCACUGACUAGAAAAUUCCGAGUAAAUACAAUGGCUGACAAGGAGACAGCCGUCGAAAAGGCCCUGCGAAAGCUCAACAAAGUCCUCCAUGAGAAAAUGAACGGAUUUGAUGUCAACGUGAGCUUGUACGGCUGUGGACAAGUCACGUACUCUGAAUACGAGAAGAUACGCAACUCGAGAAGUGUCCCGGAAGCGAAUUCUGAACUUGUCUCAGUCCUACACAGGAGAGGUCCUGGUAUACUGGACGAGCUUUUGAAGGCACUAAAGGAGGAAGAAGACGCCAAUCAGUUUCUAAUUGGUAAAAUCAAAGAAGUAUACAAUCCUGAUGAUUUUAAGAACGAUAAACCUCCUAAGGAGACUGGCGCCAAAUUUCCAUCGUCAGAAGCUAAGGAGGAGUUCCUUGGUAACGGAGAUUGGCCGGCUCCAAUGAGCUCUCUCUCUGUUUCCAGGACUAUAUCAGAUCCAUUGUCGCCCACAGAAACAGUAGAUUUCAAUCCCAAGAUGGCGUACAAGAUGACCGCCAGGCCUCGAGGGGUAGCCAUAAUUAUAAACAAUAGACACUUUACUUGUGGAAUGAAAGAAAGAAUAGGAACUGAUAGAGAUGCUGAAUCACUAACAAGAUUGUUCAUACAUCUUGGCUUUUAUACUAACAGAUAUGAUGAUCUGAAAGGCAAAGACAUGCACAAGAAGAUUAAAGAUGCUUCCAUGCUGGACCAUUCACAGUUUGACUGUAUCAUAAUAGCCAUUUUAACUCAUGGGAUCAGCGGGAAACUGUACAGCACUGAUGGGGACCUCAUACCAGUUCAAGACCUCACCAAAUACUUUGAUGGACUGCACUGUCCAGCUCUUAUUGGGAAGCCUAAAAUAUUUCUCUUGCAAGCUUGUCGAGGUGGCAGGUUUGAUUUUGGCGUCGAAUCGGAAUCAACCGAUUUGGGCGAAGACGCAGUCAAGACUUUAUCUGAAGAGAAGUACGAGGAAAUUGAAAAGAAAGUUCUUGAUUCUCCUGAGGUUUUCUUUGAGGCGACAGACUCGAAAGAGGAAACAGAUGGAGGAGGAGGUUCUCAGGGUACCCUACCAGUUGAGUCUGAUUUCAUGCUAGCAUAUGCCACAGUACCAGGUUACGUGUCAUGGCGUAACUCGGAAUAUGGCUCAUGGUUCAUAAAGGCUUUCGUUGACACCAUGUUUGAGCUUGCCCCUUCUGAGCAUUUCACUGACAUACUCAUCGAAGUGAACAGGAGAGUCGCCAACGACUUUCAGAGCAAAGGACGUAACAAACAGAUCCCAUCUCCAGUGAUAAUGCUAACACGGAAGCUGUAUUUCAGACCAGGGGUAUACAAAUGAAGAUGGGUGGUGGCGGAGGGUCGUCGGUUUUUGUUAGCUUUUGAUACUAACCUUAUAUUUAGCUUUUCUUUUUUUUUCGAGAAAAAAAGACACACACACCACACAUUACAUUAUUAUUGUUAUUAAUCAUUUAUCAUUAUCUGUUUUGUUUUGUGAGUGCAUGGUGUUUUAGAAAAAUCGGGGGUAGCUUUUUACAUUUAUUCAUAUUAAUAAUAA